GCUAAGAGCUUUUUAGGAGCGUUCUAAGAGCGUUCUAGAGCGUAGAACGCUCCUAAGAAAGCUCUUGGCGUUAAGAGGAACGCAGCCCUUGUCUGUUUUGUAUUACACUCCACUUGUAAUCCCUAUUUUAGUCAGGUACAGCUCAGACUCGGUUCCUGGUUGCAUUUACUGAAAGCUUCCUUUUCACUUCCAGAACAAGUUCAGGCUAGCUUGCGAUGGGCAGUAUCCUGGAAAGGCCAGAUAUGGGAAAACUCUACAAGAUCCCACAUGUGCAGAACAGAACAAUGACCUUGCAGGCUGAUUCAUCACGUACAACGGAGGUCUACAGACCCCUCCAUCCUCUAUGUCUAUAAUCACCUGAUAUAGUUUGUGGCUGCCUUCAGACUGCACCCAUUUGACCUUACCUACCUGGGGGCAAUGCAGUGCUCGUCACUUCUAGCCAUAAUUCAGACAGUUUGACAACCUCUGAAAGAAGUCUGUCUGCAAACAGAGGGCCUUCUCUCUUUGUUCGCCCUUUUGUUAUUGAACUUCUUGGCUAGACGACUUCUGAACACACCACAAGUGUCUCUCUGUUGAUAAUUAGUUAUUGCCAGGAGGAAGCUUUCAAGCUUUCAUAAGAAAUAACACGGAUACUCAAAUGCUAGGCAAUAUUUAAGAAUUACACUGACAAAACAAAUUAUACCAUAUGCUAACCUAUAGGCAGUAACUUUAUCAUUGAGUCAAGGUGUUUGUCAAAAGUUAUUCACAAGACUCAUUUAACGUUGUGCUUGUUAAUUUGCACAUUUACAUUAGCUUGUGUAUAUUAUAGAUUCUCCCUAAAAUAAUGAAGGCAAUUAAUAAUUAAGGCAUUUUUAAAUUUUAAAAUCAUUAGAUCUCAGUUACUGCGCAGCUAGAGGCUCACACUGACGCUUGUAAACACGUUCGUCGUGAACUUUCUGAAUAAAGCUGCGCAGAUGUAUUUGGCCAUUCAAGUGUUGUAAUCCCUCAUUUACAGCAAAGUUUUAUGGCUUUAUAUCUGCUACACAACACAACCGUCGAUUGCAAACCUUGGAAAAUCACGCGUGCAGCAGAGACAUGUUCCCGGGUAAUUUUGCAUGGGGAGCAGCAACUGCUGCUUAUCAAAUAGAAGGGGCCUGGGAUGCAGACGGCAAGGGCCCGAGCAUAUGGGAUACCUUCUGUCAUGGGAAAGGCAGAGUGUUUGAGGACCAGAGUGGAGAUGUCAGCUGUAACAGCUACCAGCUCUGGGAGGAGGACCUGGGGUGUAUCCUCCAGCUGGGGCUCACCCACUACCGCCUGUCCUUCUCCUGGGCUCGCUUGUUGCCCGACGGAACCACGCGGCACGUCAAUAAGAAAGGGGUGCAGUACUACGACAAAGUGAUUGAUGACCUGCUCGCCAACAACGUGUCGCCCAUGGUUACUCUCUACCAUUUUGACCUGCCCCAAGCGCUUCAGGACCGGGGAGGGUGGAAAUCCUCAGAGAUGGCGGACAUAUUUGACACCUACGCCAAGUUCUGCUUCCGAACGUUUGGGGACCGCGUCAAGCUGUGGAUUACCAUCAACGAGCCCUACGUCUGUGCCAAGAUGGGUUACGAGGAUGGCCUGUUUGCACCAGGGCUUAAGGAGCCGGGGGUGUCUGCCUACAUUGUGGCUCACAACAUGCUGCGUGCCCACGCCAGGGUCUGGCACAGCUACGACACCCUCUACAGGGCCACUCAGGGCGGUGCGGUGUCUUUGGCCAUCAACAGUGACUGGGCCGAGCCCCUGGACCCCGCUAGCUCUGAAGACAUGGCUGCCACUCAACGCUACCUAGCCUUCACCUUCGGAUGGUUCGCCUGGCCUGUGUUCCUGACUGGAGACUACCCUGGCGUGAUGAGAUCCAACGUGGAGCGGAGAAGCGUGGAGCAGGGCUACCGGGGGCGUCCCAGACUCCCCACCUUCUCGGAGGACGAGCCCAGCGUUUUGGGAACGGCCGAUUUCUUUGCGCUCAACUACUACACGUCCCGUAAGGUGAAAGCGAGGGGGGCCUGUGGAGGAAUGCUGACUCUGGACAGUGACCGGGACGCGGAGGGUGUGACGGACGCCUCCUGGCCUGUGUGCGGGGUCUCCUGGCUGGCCGUGGUCCCUGAGGGCCUGAGGAGCCUGCUGAGAUAUAUCAAGGAUACUUUGAACGGGCCUGAGAUCUACAUCACAGAGAACGGCUUCUCUCAGGUGGGUCUGGUGGACCUGGAGGACGUCCAGCGUGCUGGAUACUACCUGGACACCAUCCAGGAAGUGGGCAAAGCUAUCCAGGAGGAUGGGGUGGAUGUCAGGGGCUACUUUGCCUGGUCUCUCCUGGACAACUUUGAGUGGGCGAGCGGGUAUAGUGUGCGUUUUGGCCUGUACCACGUCGACUUCUCAGGGGCGCAGCAGAAGCGGUCCAGCUAUGUGUCUGGAAAGGAAUAUGCCAGGACCAUCGCCAAAUACAGAACUCAGGCCGGCACGGAUUGCUUAACAACGGAGAGCACGUAAACUAGUCUGAAAUGUGGACGUAUGCCUAUUGGGAGUUAUUUCUAAGACAAUAACAGUUAUCGCCUUUUUUGAUUAAAUUGUUCUUUGAUACAUACCAGACAUGUAAAUGUUACUAUGUGAAGCUUUUGAUAUUUGGAAAAUCGGCGAAAAAGAAAGUAGUGCUAGAUUGCACUAACAAGAUCAGCUACUGAAUUAUAGAAGUCAGUUAGUUUCAGUUUGGAAGAAGCCCUUAAGCAGUGUGCAGUCACAUGCAUUCUUCAAGAAUGACUUUACUUUGUCCGCCCGGAAAACGCUUUAAAAAACAGACCUAAGCUCCCUCACUUGCUUUCACAAAGAAGUGAUUUUUGCCUGACUUUGGCACAGAAGCAAAGGUCCUGGCCAAACAGUGUUAAGUUGACUUAACUCGCUAGAAAUGAGUAUUCUAGCCUUCCCAAUUUCCAGUCAAUCUUUACAAAGAGGUUUUUGGAGAGGGCAGAAUUCCCCACACAGUAGAGCAGGCCAGCUGAAUGGCUUCCAGACCCAGCUCCAGCUGCCAACACUGACAUGGGCCAGGCUUGGCCCACUGGUGUGGGAGGCAGAGUGCAUGGAGGUGUGUGCGUGGAGCCCAAAUAUUCAGGUAAUAGUGUUACUGUGUGUGUGUGUGUGUGUACGACACAGAGUCAAGGCAUAGUGUACUCAAACGUAUGUUUGUCUCCCUGCGUGUGUGUACCACACAGCUCAUCCUAGACAGCCCUCAUGGGUCUCUGAUGCGGGUGAGGGGAGCCUGGCCCUCAUGUCCUGAAUCCACGUACCCAGCUUCCGGUGGCCCUGCUCCGGUCUAGCAGCGGCAGCCUGGCCCGGCUGUCCAGGUGCUGCUGGAGACAGGCGCCAGGGAAGGGUGGGGCGGUGGGGGGGGAUCAGGUAUGAGGGCGUACCAUCUGGGUACCAGUACGGUACUGAGAGAUUAGGGUAACACUCAGGGGCCACUGGAAAGCCAGCACACCAAAGCAUGUUUGAAAAACAAUUCACUUUGAGACGGCCCUUUGAAUUUAAAGCCACACAUUGCUCUACACACAAACUAUGAGAAACAUAGUCCCACAGUAGAAGCGUUUUUUUUUUUUUUUAAAGGAAAAGGCCAAGGUAAGCAAGCAGGAUGGCUUUUAGGCUACAUACAAUGGUUGCGGCAGACAGAGAGCGAACAGGUCUGGUCUGGCUGGGCUACCACAGUCAUUCCUAAUGGCUCGCAACACUCAAGGGGAUGAUGUCAUUUCCUCCGAAUGAGCUAGUCACAGGGUGAAAAAUCCCAUAACCUCAUUCUACCUAUUCAAGCAUAGAAAAAGAUGGGAACAUCUGGAUCCAAGGAGCACAACAGUUUGUUAGAAUAUAAAGACCUUUCCAAUUAACCGGAAGGUUAAUGCGUGUUUUUCCGCAUUGAUCUGUAGGUGGCAUCGUCGGCGCUUUGUUUCAAGCCCCCACGUUCCAGCAGAUUAAGCUCUUUGUCACAGAACCAACGGGUGAAUCACUGGUGCUUGAUCAAAGCUUCUCUGCGGAACGCUGUGAGGGAGUCGUCCGGGAUGAUGGACCUCAGGAGACACCAUGGGACGGCCAGGUGCUGUGUCAUGUGAGGCCUUGCCAGCUGUUCAGACUCCCGACUGGGGGGGGAGGGGAGGCAGAGGAACGUCAAGUCCUGGUUCCUAGUGUUCAGCAGGAUCUCUGGAGCUCGUAACUGGGGGUGAGAGGAGCUGUUUGUGGGGAAGCCGGACUGUUAAAGCAGGCUUGGUAGUGUGGUUGGUUGUGGCGGUUUUGUGCUUUCAGUUGGCCGACCCUAAAUAGUUCUCCAAAAGCCUUUGUUAGUUGAAAUGUUAAGUAUAUUUUAUGGAGCAAUAGUGUAUUAAAAUGAAUUAUUCAAGCAGUCAAGCUUGUUUGCGGUUUUAGUAACCUGAUACUAUUAUUUUGAAGUUGUUAGGGGUAAAAUGUUUUAUUGGGGGGGGUUUAUUCUGUGGAGUUUCUGAGUCUAUGCUGCCACUAUGUGGUGGGACAUGGUACUACAGUUUUGGAAAUUGUGCAGUAAUGUGCCAAACUGUUUGGUGCCACAAAAUCUGGAAUUUAUUGUGAAUAAUGAAUUGUAUAACAUGGAUAUAUAUAGAAGCCACUGAAUGACAUCUCACAUUAUCAUAUAUCUUGUAUUUUGGAAAUUAAUAUUUAUGCACUUUUACAGAGAGCGAGAUCAUUUAUAUCCCGUAUUAUGUGACUUUGUUUGCAUUAAUAAACAUAUUGUGCCCUGACAUCCAGUUGGCUAU